ACAGGUGGUGGAGCACAGCGUUCAGUUUCCCAGCGAGCUCACAACAAUACGCGACGAAACCCCCGGGAAUAGUAUAUUCUAACUACGAUGGCAGGAAACAAGUUCAGCUGAGACCCUUUGCAAUACACCACCUGCAACAACUCGAGCUUUUUGUGAAAUCCUACUCAUUUGAAGAAACCUUUGUCGCGGAAAUGAACAACUCAGAGGUUUUGCGUCCAAUGAACCCAACGCGCAAAGCGCUUGGCAAGCUCGCCAGCAGACUGGAGGAGCUGAAGAACCCUUGGAGACAGACAUCGACACUCGAACUGAGCCACAAUGAAACCGCACGGCUCGCCACGGACGCGCUCUUGGAGCACGGGGAGAAGGAGUAUAGAAAAGUCCUAAAUUAUGAACGAGAAGUGAACUUUCUCUCCUCGCUGGAAUUACGCUAUAUCACCGAAAAUGUGGCCAAGACUGGCAGCACGGACAGCGGCACUAAUGGAGUGGACUUGGAGGGAGGGGACACGGUGUCAGAACUCACUUCGGGGACUUACUUUCCCAUGAUGUCCGACGAAGUGCCUCCAAUUUUGGAGUUGGGCUGGCCCGAGCACUCCUACCGAUAUUGUCCCACAGAGGCGCAGAUACACUUCCAGAGGGACAAGUCCCAAAAUGUCAAAGAUCUAAUUCGAUCUCUCAUUAGUAAAGCGAAGAAGAUGAUCGCUAUAGUCAUGGAUAUAUUUACAGACGUGGACUUGUUCUGUGACUUAUUGGAGGCCUCCAACAAGCGCCGGAUUGCAGUUUAUAUUCUACUGGACGAGAAGAAUCUCAGCCAUUUUCUGAACAUGUGCACAGAACUCGACAUCCAAAAUUCACACUUGAGUAAUAUGCGGAUAAGAAGUGUAUGUGGUGACACAUAUUGCACUAAAAGUGGGAAGAAAUUCACAGGUCAAGUUAAGGAGAAAUUCAUGAUCAUUGACUGUGUGGAAGUCAUCGCUGGAUCAUAUAGUUUCACAUGGCUCUCCUCUCAGGUCCACAGCAACAUGCUAAUGCACUUCUCCGGUCAAAUUACUGACUGCUUCGAUCGGGAAUUCCGCUGCAUGUACGCCGACUCCCAAAUAAUAGACUGUUUCAACAAUUCAGAUGAAGAAGGUUUACCCUGUUACCCUUACAGUGUGAUGGCACCAAACUUGGGGCUGGACUUUCUCCCAGACCAUAGCAGUAAAGAGCGAGUGUAUUCCGAGAAUUCCAGUAGCCAAUCAAGUGGUAGCGUUUCUAGCAUCAAAGCUGCACCUCCAGGCAUCACAUCUGUUUACAAAGUCACGCACAACAAAAAGAACCCUGAAAACUCACAAAAGAGUCCUGACCGGAAAGGGGUCAUAAGUCCAGGGCACCAAAUGCCUCAAGGAACCCACAUUGGAAGAGGCCACCCCAACGGUGCCCACCAAAGUCAUACGGUCGAACGUCCCCCCUUAGGACAAAGUCAGAACGCCGGGGUGGAAUGGUCCAAGCUAGGAACAGCAGAGUACCUCCGGUCAAACAUUGCUGGACAAACAUCCAAAUUCCAGGCAUUGGGUCUCUAUAGCUCUCCAAAACCUCCAUCACCAUCUCAACAGUCUCCACCUGACAGCAAAAUCUCACCAAAACUUCGCAGUCCCACCACCAACCCCUUAUUCAGUAAGUUCACGGAUCUCUUCACCUCCAAUUUAGUCAAGGUCAAGGAUUCCGAUGACUUCCAGAAGUUGCCCACUUAUACCUCUCCUUAUGGUGGUCCAGAUCUUUCUCAGAACGAGCCAGAGAGUAAGCAGGGACCUCCUCCACCGGGUCCCAUGCCGACAGACUGGCUGGGCCAAGAUAGAGCGAUUCACUGGCGUGACGAGAAACGCAUGACUUUAGGUCAUAGCAAAUUGGACCUUGUGAACCAAUACAACAAGAUGAAAACCAAACAGGUCUAUAGUCGUUUUGAGCUAAAGAGCAACAUGCCUUAAUAACAUUUUAGCACAGAUUGUACAGGUCAUGAUUGCUCAAUCUUUUUUAACUUCUUCAUGGGGCUGUGCAAAAGAGACUGUGCUUGUACUGGUAUGAGUUUGUCCCUACUUAUGUGCACGGAAUAUAGAAAAAAAAGAAAAGCACAACAAGAAGUUGGUGUUGCACCUUUGACCAAAUGUGUGGUGUUCUUGGCAUUUUGUAUUUUGAAUGAAAAUGAAAUAGUUAGCACUUGGAAUUCUGCCUUAAGUAAAAAAAUAUAUAUAUUUAAAUUCUAAUUUCUUAAAGAAAUUCAGGGAAAUGUUUAUAUUUUAAAAACUUGUGUCCACCAAAUCUAAAUCAUGUGGGUUAAAAAAAAUGCAGAUUUUGAAUCUUUUGAACCUGAGAAAACUACUUAAUAUUCCUGACUCAAAAGUAAUGAUACUAAUUAAUAUUAAUUAAUGAUUAAGUUGCAUGCACAUGAAUUCAAAAAAAUUAUUUAAAUACCUCUUAUUUGAUGGGUACACCACGACAAUAUUAAGAUCAUUGAAAAUAUAUAUACAUAUAUAUUUUUUUUAUAUAUUUUUUGGAAAUGCUAUAAAUGUAUUAAAAAUUUAAGUAAAAAAUGUUAACGCCAACAUGGACACAAACAUUUUAAAGAUUUCCCACUUUUAUAAUCUCAGACAAUAGUAUUUGUCAAUGAACCAAAAAUUAUUAUUCCAACAUGACUUGAGGACAGUAAAAUAUUUUUAGUUUCUCACUGGUAAUUACAAAAUUUUGGGGAGUUCAUGUGCGCUCCUUUCAUAACGAGUAUGUUAAUGAAGGCAGCAUUAGUACUUAUACUAGUGCUAGUACAUAGUACUUUUAAAGGUAUAGUUUACUCAAAAAUAAAAAUUAAUGGAAUGAAAAAGGCAGAAUAUUAGGAAACGACAGCCAUGAGUUCUGUUAUUCGUUCUAACAUCUCCUUUUGUGUUCCAUUGAAUACAGUAAGUACAGAAUACAGAAAUGAUACAGUCAUUUUUGGGUGAACUAUCCAUUUAAUUAGGUUUUAUUGUGCUGUAUAUAAAAAUAAAAACCUUCUUUUUUUUUUUUACUCAAUGUUUUUGUACUCUUGAUGUUGUUUUUCUAUCCACCACUUUAGCUGGCAAAGCAGAUGGUGUUGAUUUCCUACAUGUUGCCACUCUGUCUGCCACUAAGUAUUACACUUGGAUACCAUUAUUAAGGAGGUUACAGAUGUGUAGUCUUCCAAAAUGUAUUUGUACUAGAAUGUGAUUUCUUGUGUAUAUUUAAGUACUGUAUUACUAAUGUAAAAACAGUGGACACUGAUGCAAUAUAAGCUAAUUGCAAGAAAACAUCAUUUUUUAGGUUUGUAUAAAAAAAGUGUAACUUUUUCAACCUUUUUACAAACAUUAACCAAUGCUUAUAGAAAGUAAUUUAGCAAAUUUGUGAAUAAAAUGUUUGUGACCGGCCACAUAGUGCCUCUGAAUGCUAACUUGCAUUAGGAUUGGUUGUCACAUUUAUAAUGUAUGUUUUGGCCUUGGUUCUGUCUUGGCAUUGGAUAAAUAUAUACUUUGUUUUUCGCAACUAUGACCCUGUAGAUAAAAUAUAUCCUGUAUCACUCUUAAAGCUGAAGUGUGUAAUUUCUGCAAGACUAGCAUCACCAAAUGGACUUGCAAAAAUAAUCAAUAAUAAUAAUAAUAAUCAAUAAUUUUAAAACAUAUUCCAGAAACUCCCCUCGUCUUUCAUUUGUUGUACAAACAAAGAUUGUCCUGCUGCAGUGUCACAAGUAACAUUUAUAUAUAUAUAUAUGGUUCUGCAUUUUAGAUUUUCAGAUUAGACUAAAUUGUACUUAAAUGUUUUUCAUCUGGCAAAGUAGGAAAUACUGUGAAAAGGUGAUCUUGAAAUGGAGGUAAUCCACCCUUCAAAUUAUCUCCAUGUUCAAGUAGACCUAGAACUGAUAAUGACUUCAGACUGAGCGAGAAAUGGAAAAGAAAUGGGCAAAUGGAGUAAAAGACUACUGAUGUAAAAUAAGGUUUUACUUUUUAUAUUUAAUGGGAUGUUUUUUUUACAAUUGCAACUUUACAUGUAAUCUGUUACAUAUGAGUUUAAAAGUUUUUUAACAGUGUUACCAAAG